AACAAGAACGCCUAUACACUCUGCAAAAGAGGAGAUCCACCGUUGGUCUUCUUCCAAAAUCAAAGAAAACAAAAAAUGAAAGAAGCAAUCUUCUCAAAAGAAAAAAUCUGAGCGUUGCUAACACCCUAGAAUCCUUCCCCCUUUCACGUUCUAGCUUCCUUUUUUUGAUUUCUCAAUUGAAAACACGACACACACAAAAAGCAAAAAAGAUACAGUAGAGAGUUAGAAAGAGACGAGAGACAUAAGGAUAGAAAAAAAUAGAAAAACGAGAGAGGACAAAGUUUUUUUUUCUCAUCUUUUCAUUAGAUCUAUUUCUCAUUUUCCGAUGGCUGGAGUUGCCUUUCUUCAACCACGAUGCAUCGAUUCGGUUUCAGGUUCUGUUAGUGGGUUUUGGUUCGAGGUUGUCAAGCUUCAGUCAAGUUGUUUUGUCUAUGGCCUAGUUCAAUUUCAGACUGCGGAGGUAUAAAAUGCUUCAAUUUCGGAUUCAAAGAUCAUGGUGAAAUCACAAGGCAGGGGUGACAAACAAAAAGGGAAAGGAGAGUCCUCCCGGGGUAGGGGACAAAGAAUGAUUAGACUGACCCCGCAAGCUCGGCAAAACAUCAAAAACACCAGAAGGCUUAUAAACGCUGCUGAUAGCGCUAUUGACCAAUCCGGGAGUGAAUAUGAGCCUUCUUGGGAGGCAUCUGACUCAGACUCCGUGCCAGAGUAUGUUCCUGACUGGCUGGAGAGGAACAAAUUGAGGGAUACACCUCCAGGCUCUCCCACUGCCCAAACAUCAGUGCACAUAUCUUCUAAGUGGUUUGAGGGCUUAGCUGCAGGCAGUGGCAAUGAAUAUUCCACCUCACUUACAACUUCACUAUCUUGGGAGGGUCCCGUAGAAGGAGAAGGAGAAAAAUUAGGAGGGGGUGAGACCCAAGUAGGAGGGGUGGAGAGAACCAGAAAUCCGGAGGCAUGGCAUGACAGAUUUGUGAGUGAGGUGGCCUACCACAAGUUCAGGGAGUGGUGGCCCGAGAGGAAGCUAAUACCAGAGCGGAAAUUCAUUACAAAGGACCUCAUGCCUCACAACCCCAAUGUGCUGAGGCAAUUCAUGUAGAGAGUAGGCUAGGACUACUUCAUAGGCCAUGUGGAGGAUGCCAAUGAGCACCUAGUCAAGGAGUUCUACAUAUAUUUUGCCCACAUCAAAAAGGGCACCACAGUGACUAAGGUGCAAAAUCUGAAAGUGAAAUUUGAUGGCAAGAUGAUAAAUGAUUAACUGGAUUUCCCGGAAGAGUAUGAGACCUUUUACUUAGGCAAGGUAGCUUUGGGGGAGGAUUCCCGACUGUGGCUAACUGAGUACUUGGGAAUCCCAGGUACCACCCCAGCAUGGUUGACAUCAGGGGUAAAAAUUCUGAGGCAGACCCUUAAAUUUGAAGCAAAGGGGUGGGAGACAUUUGUUUGUAGCCGGCUAGACCCCACCACUUACAACAACUCCCUUCCUAUCCCCUGAUAUAUAUUGGUGGCAUCGAUCAUGGUGCGGUACCCGAUCAACAUCGUGAAUGUGAUGUCAAAGGUGAUUACAGGGGUGGUGAACGAAGGUGAUAGAUCCUAUUCCUUCCCCAAUUUCCUGACCAUGUACUUCGAGGAACUAGAUGUGGAGAAGUGGAGAUUUGAUGUGAAAGUGAAAGCAAAGGCACCGUUCUCCUGGUACAAUACCAAGGGUCCCGACAAUUCCAAGGACCCUAAGGGCAAAGCCACUACUUCAACUUGCCAAUCUGAAGAGCCAGUAGUAGUAGUGGCUCCUACUCAGCCUCCUUCCGCCACAGCAGACAUGGCCCCAGGACCUUCCACUUCUACAGCUCCAGAGAUCCUUUCAUCCACUACAUAUCCUUUGACUACCCAGUGCCUGAACUAGACCCUUGCCAGUAUCAACAACUGGAUGCAGACAACCACUUCUAAGCUGGUUGUACUAUCUGCUUCGGUGGCAGCCCAGUCAACACCUCCUCCACCACAGGUCCCACAGUCAGUGGAGGACACUCUCAAGAAGAUCCUAGAGAACCAAAAAUUGAUCAUGGAUGUUGAUUCUCAUGGAAAGGCAUUAAAGGAGCUUGCUAGCGAGGCCGAGAAAAUGAGAAAGACUCGUGCUUCAAAGGAGUCGGUGAAGGAGUGAAGGGUGGAGGUAGAGAGGCUGAAGGCUGAUCACUUGCCUUUGGAUCUGUUAUUGAAUGACCCGGCUCCAGCAGCCCAGCCCCAGCUAGAGGAGAAGACAGAUAGGACACCCAAGAGGAAGAGGGUGAUUCCCCGUACUGACGAUGUCAUUAUAGAGUUGGAGGACCCGCAGGGGGUCCUCUAGCCAGCCCCAGAUUCCAGUACAGGCCCAGGACUCAGUCCAGGCCCAGGUCCCAAUGGAGACACAGAGUAUAUGGAGCCAGUCACAGGUUCCCGAGUAGACCGAGGACCCAGGGAUCCAGACUCAGGAUCCUAUGUAGACGGAGGGCCAAUAUAGAGUUUCCUUUUCCUCUCUUCCUUUUCUUGAGCUUAUUUUGGUUAGUUAGCAUUGAGGACAAUUCUAGCUUUCAUUUGAGGGGGUAGACCUAUUUGGAUGACUAUUGUGAGCACGCGAUUUUUGCCCUAUAUGAAUUAUUUCCAUAAAUUCAAAAUCAAAACAAUGUUUUCCAUUUUUUGCAAUUUUGCGGAU